UUAAAGUUGAAGGGGACAAACUUAAACUUGAUAGACUGACAGAUCUUCCCAUCAAUGUCAAACACCAGAUUCAGGAGCACUUGUCUAUUGAGGAUGCUGCAAAAAUGAGUGUUUUGUCUAGACCGUGGAGACAUGUUUGGGCUUCAAUCCCCAAGCUUGUAUUUUCUGCUCAGUUUUGCCGGAGCAAGCCACCAGACACAUUAGUAGAUGUCAUUAAUACAAUUCUGUCGCAGCACGUUGGAGCCAUUAAGACAUUCCUCCUCAAUAUUUCAUCAAUACCUUCUUCUCAGCACCCUGUUAUAGAUCAAUGGAUGCUAUUGUUGUCAAGAAAUGGUGUCGUGGAUCUUACCCUUCAGAAUCUAUACAAUGCUCCUUAUAAAUUGCCUUCCUACAUGUACAGUGUAGCACUGGAAAGUUUGAAACUGUCCAACUGCAUUUUCAGGCCGCCAUGCAGCUUUAGGGGUUUCUGCAAGCUCAAAAAGCUUUCACUACUUGAAGUCGCCUUAGAAUUUGACGUUUCAACUUCUUGCUUGUGGAUGCCAAACCUUUUCAGUCUGAAGGUUAGGGUGUGCGGUGGUCUUCCAAAAAUAUAUGCUCCAGAGCUUUUGCAUAUAUUUUUCUUUACCAGGAGCACCAAAACCCUUAUGUUGGAUCAUUUCAUGGACUGUCGGAAGCUGAAAACAGUUAUACUUGCAAAAUCAGAAAAAAAUCAAGAUAAACCGAUGAACUUGACUUAUCUUCUCAACUGCUGGCCUAUGAUAAAGCGUCUUUCUUUGGACGGUUACUACCUCAAGUCUUUGGCUUAUGGUAUUGAAGAAGAGAGGCUACCCACAUGCCUCAAUAGGUUGAAGGCACUUUCUUUAUUUAACUUCAAUUUUAAUGAUGAAGAUCAAUUAUUUUCUCUUCUAAGAUUGUUUGGAAGUUCUCCCAAUUUGGAGGACCUUCUAAUUUUGUUGACCUGGAAGAAGAAAGGAGGCAUGGAAGUCGAAGUAAAUCAUUUUGAACGACCAGCCUACAGGACACUAGGACUCAACAAGCUUCAAAAAUUUAAAAUAGAAAACUUCCAUGGUUCAAGAACCAAAAUGCUCUUUGUAAGGUUUAUACUUGCAUCUGCACCUUUACUCCAGGAGGCCAUCCUUCUGGAAGAUGCAGAAAGAGUUCAUGAAAGCCAAUGCUUGGAGAUCUUAAAGGAGUUGGUGGGGUUCCCUCGGGCAUCUCCUAAAUUGGGAAUAAUAUGUAAACCAUCAAAAAUAGGCAAGGAAGUGCUUUAUUGAGAUGGCCGGACCCCCUUUCUCACUCUUUAUCAUCAUCUUGUCUCUUGUCUGUACGAGUGACUAGUGUAGAGGAUCCUAUAUUAUUUAUCUUGAAUUGCAUGUUAACCUUGGAUAUUUAUAUUUCUGGUUCCUUAGUGACUAGUGUAGAGGACCCUAUAUUUAUCUAUCUGAAUUGCAUGUUAGACUUGGAUAUUCUAUAAUUCUGGUUCCUCAUCCAGAUUUUUUAAUGUUGGUUCUUGGUUUUCGACUAACAUUAUUUGAUCGUCAAUUAAUUGAAUAUACUCCUUUGCUCAUCUUUUCUAUGCUAAGAGAGCUAGUUUGUGUAUGCAUUUACUCCCUAUUUUAAGUUAAUAAUUUGUUGAUUUGCAUUUAAUUUGAGCAAGAUAAUCACUUGAUUAAUUUCAGGUGGUGACUGAUUCAAUGAAGCACAACUCUUAAUUACCUAUACCAUAUAUAUACACACACACACACACAUUAAAUAAAGGUAAAAAUUGGCAAAAGUAAUGGUAACUGUCGUGUUAAGUACACUUCAUUAAUCGAUCUUUGACAAUUGCCUUAACAACAAUUAAACCGGUCUUCUAAUUUAAGGUUUAUCCUGUGUAAUAUACUGGGUUUGUUGCUGUUCUAAUUUUAGGUUUAUGGUACGCAUUGUCAUUGUGAGAUAAGCUGCAGAAGCGGAAGUGGAUGCAUUCCACUGUAUAUUGUUCCUUUCUUCCUCACUAGCAGCAACAACUUCCUCCUUGAACCUCUUCCAAUCGUUAGCACAAUAUCGGAGCAGGUAGCUGUAGUGUUUUCCAAUGGCAGUUUUGUUGUGUAAGUAUGGGAUCUUGUUAUGUGUUCGUUCAAUUUCGAUAAAACAAAGAGAAUUUGAAGGAUUUCCAUUCAUACUGUUGAGACACUCGGUGCAAAUUUUUUGAAGGAUUGCAUUUUUUCGUGUAGAAUAUCCCGAGCUGAUGUAUGCAGAAAGAACUGAUGUAAAUAACGAGAUAUUUACAGUUGUACAAUAUUUUUGAAGGCAGAGGCUAGAUACAAUUUUUUUUUUUAAUUAUGAGGAGAUUGUGCUUUUAAUUCCUGCUUUUUAUUAACUAUUAUAGUUUUUCUUCUUCUAUUUGUAGCAACCACAGUGAAUGCUACAAACUACUUGCCUUGUGACUGCUUUAUCCCUUCACUGUUUAUUUAUAUAUUUCAUAACCAUCGACAUUGUGAUGGCAAAAUGAAAAUCCAAAUUGGAUACACCAUUUUUGGACUGAGUUUAAUAGUUCUGAUAAGGAUCAUAGUAUCACCGACACAAUUAACCAUUCAAUUACAUGCUUCAAGGUACAUAAUAUAUAUAUAUUCAGAAAUAAAACAGGGUGAAAUACCACCUUUAUGUGCAUUCAGAAAUAAAACAGGGUGAAAUACCACCGUAGCUAUAAGAGGCACUCAUUAAAGGGUGAUGUAGACAGUGAAGUGACUAUUGUUUCUACUCCAUCUGUUGUAUGUUAAUCUACAUGAGGAAGAGUCUCAACAGUGGCAUAUCCUUUAGCAUUCUCAUACUUGCCAGUCCCUCCAAUGAUGGCAAUGUGAGAAAUAGGUGAGGCUGUCCUGUGAACUCCAAAAUGUGCUGUCGAGGCUCAAGUGUGGCUGGUGCCAUUCGAAGAUCUCAUGGAGUAAAAUCCUUGUGCCUUGCAAAGAACAGAUGAUCCCAGUUCAUGCACCUCAGUUAUUUCAUUGUCAACAACAGAUUGAGCCAAAGGUGAGCUGGCGAAGGGACAAGCCAGCAGGAAGCCGUCCAGCUGUUACAAAAGCAAGGGAAGAGAAUGCACUUUGGCGGAAAGUAGUGUGUUUCAGUGAUGGAGGUAGCUACUGGCACUGCACCGACGAACCUGAUUCAGCCAGUAAAUCUGCUGGAGGAGCCAUGUGGAAGCAGGGACGGAGGGAUCAGCAACAGGUGCUACGUUGGUAUCAGAAGUAGUGACAGUAGUUGGUAACUGGUUACUUGGAAAUGUGGCAAUUGGUGCCACCACAGUAGCCACAACAGGAUCAACCAUUCGUGAUGGAUUAGACACCGGGCGUACAUCAUCAAGGAUUCUUGCUGAGUUGACACAGCCAAAGCUGAGGGCUAGGAGCAAAAUGCAGAAGGUCGCUUGGAGUGUGUUAGAGGUGCUUUCCAAGAGUAGCUUGUGACAAACUGGGACACAGAUUCCACAGAAAUUAAAUCCUUUCUUCCCGUAGACAUUUCCACAAACACUUGAUGGCCAUUACAGAAGCAGCAACCAAACAACAGGAGAGUAAAUAUGGCAGCUUGUUCUAGCAAAGGAGGGUGCCCAAGUGAUUAUGCACUAUAUAGCACUUUCAAUUUUGGUAGUGUCGUUGAUCUUCUAUGUUUUCAGCUAAAUCCACCAGCCUCUAAGUUUAUAAGGCUGCAUAUACUAAAAAUAUUUGCUUCUCACUAAAUAGAUGUAAUCAAUAUAUUGUGGUGUAGUUUAUCUCCUGUUUUGCUCCCUUUAAAUAGAUUUUAGCUUUAAUUGUUACCUUGCUUUAUCUGAUUGAUGAAGAUGGAAUCUUUGACAAACUGAAGGUAUUUUUUUGUUUUUUAUAUUUCUGCUGAAUUCAAGAAAACAUCGGAUCUUGCUGGAAACUUUUUCCCCUUAAUAUGAGUUAUAACCAGUGGCAGAGCUAGGAAUUGAAGAAGGGGAUUGAAAAAAAUAAGAAUGUUACACUUCUGCUCUGAACAUAUAACCUAAAACAAUUUUCUAACCCUUUUUGCCAUUUCACUAUAAUUUUUCCUUAUGCUAGAUUCAACAAUUUAUUAUGUAUAAGCAAAAAAUUCAUAUUUGCCCUAUUUGCAUUGUAUAAUUUCCCGACGAAGGGGAUGAAAUUGAACUCCCUUGUGCCCCUUAGUUUCGCCCCUAGUUAUAACUAGCGGCAGUGCUAGGUGGAGGCAAGGGGGUUCAAUUGAUUCCUUUGUGCCGGAAAUUAUAUUGUGCGAUAUGGGCAAAAACGAUUUUUUGGUUAUAUAUAACUCCUUGACAUAAGGAAAGAUCCUAAUUUAGUGAUAAAAGGAGAUUCAAAAGUUGCUUUGGAUUAUAGGUUCAAAUCUUAGAUGUGAUUCUAGUCUUUUUUUGAAUCCUCUUAUGUGAACUCCUUGCUCCUCUAAUGGUUACAACGAGUCUGGUUGAGAUGGAAGUGAUCAAGCUCGGGAAUAUGAACCUAGCUUCCUUUUCUUUCGAUCAUUUGACAGAGCAGGAUGAAGAAGGUGCAUUUUAUGAUUUUUGUGUGUUUACAACAUCUAUUGCUUCUGACUAGAUGGAUAAAAUGGAGGUGGGAGGAAAAUACAUAAGUAGAGCUAGCUUCCACCUGUCUUCUUCCCACUUUGAGUAUGCCAAUGGGGCAAGGCGGGGGAAGUCUUAGCAGGACGGGGCAGGAUGGGCGUUAAAAAUUAUGAACUUUAAGGUUUUUAACUUAAGUUUUUCCUGAUUUGAUUCCUUUUAAAGUUUCCAAUUCUUUUGGUUUAUGCUAAUAGUGGAUGUAAAACUAGCAUCUUUAAUAAAUUGAUAUUUUGCUUAUCUCCCUUAAAUGAUAAAGAAAAUGUGUUAUAGAAAAAUGAUAUUAUUGAAUGGUGAUACAUCAAAAGGAAUUUUACGUAAUAAAAGAAUUACAACAACAUCAUACCCCGUGUAUUCCCUCAGUGUGGGGUCUGGGCUAGUAAAAGAAUUAGUAAUGAUAAAAAAAAAACAACAAAAACUAAUGAAAGAAGAAAGCUUAAUAUGGCAUAGUAGAAUAUAACAUAAUGGGAUGGGGUAAGGUGAGAUGUGUCUGGUGAAAUCAUACCUAUCCCUUCCCAUCGACAUCCCUAACAUUUUUUCUUCUUAAACUUGCUCCUAUUUGCAAGGACGAAGCUGCCAAAAUUUUGUUGUCUUGUCCCUUUCUUUACUUAAUAGGGUGGUAUGGGUUCAAAGACUUAUAGCAUAUCCAGAGGCAUGAUGGUGAUAGAGGGUAGGAUGUAAGCGAGGGAGAGAGCAAAAUAAUAGGAAUGUGCUCCAUCUUUUGAAAACUGUAAAGGGUGAUACAAGAGGAGGCUUGGUAGGUUGGGAGUGUCUUACGGUUUUGUAGUUCAUUCCGUUGGUUAUUUUCCCUCAUGCUUAAUGCUUUUUGGCUUAGUGCUUUUCGCCGACCUCAACUUGUUUGGGACCGAGGCGUAGUGGUAAUAGUUGUUGUUGUUGUUAUGCUUUUUGCAUGUCUAGGUGUGUGAUUGUGUUAUACUAUUAACAUUUAACGCAACUUUUAAUAUACAUGUGUGCCAUUACAAUAAUGAGAUGCUCACUGAAUGCUUGUCGUUUAUUUAUUCAUCAAGUAAAGCCAAUUUCAAUUUUUCUUGUGCUGGAGCUUUUUAUGAUUAAUUUUCCCUGUUAUUGUUUAAAGUUUCAUUAGUAUGUAUAUCCAUUCAAUGCUUUAGCUUUUACUUCCUUUCAGGUUACAUAAGAUGUUGACAUUAACCACUUGAGUUUCCUCACUUUUCCUGAAAGCGACAUUAUCUUACCUGAUUCACAAGAUUCCUAGGCCUAAAGACAGUAGCUUUUGGCUUGUGGCAAUUCAAGUUAUUGCGAAGCUUCAAUCUUUUGUUGUCCACUGUGAUCUUCCUCAAUUUUCCGAAGUUCAGAAAGAGGCAUUGGUGGAGGUCUUGCUAUCUAUGGGCAGUCUUCCUCGCUUCCAGAAUGGAGUGAAGGUCCAUUUUAUUUUGUUUGCUGUUGAGCUGCCAUAUUACACAAGUGUUCCAACUCUAUUAUAUAUUUGUGAAGUAAGUUUAAUCUCUUUAAGAAAUCAUCAGAAACUUUUGUUCUUUCUGAUUGAUGAGAUGAUUAUGUAACAAUUAGCCUGAUCAAUAUUUAAUUGAGAAGCUGUAGAAUUAUGCAGCCUCCUCACCCCAACACCCAUUGCCUGGAAGAAAGUAAUGGAAUAGAAAACACCUGCAGAUCUCCAGAGGAAAAUAAAAUAUUGGACUGUCUUUGAAUAGUACACCGACCUUGAGAUAAGGUAUAACUAAAACUGCCUGGUCGCUUGACCCUCCUAAUGAUGUGUGGCAGCUGAAAUAAAAAGAAAAAACUCAUCUACUGUGUCUUUUCUGUACUUCUCUUUCUUUGCCUCCUUCUCUCUCUCUCUCUCUCUCUCUCUCUCUCUCUCUUACUCUCUCUCUCCUUUCUACUUUUUUAUCUUAGGAGAUAUUGAAAAACUAGCAUUCAGAGGGUCUUUUUCUUUGUGCUAUUAUUGAUGCAGGUCACAUUGAAAACCUCAUUUUCUUGUUUUGUAUGAUGUUUCUGGAGACGUCUGCCAACAAUUAAAUCCUAUAUUUUUCUUUCACUGAUUCUCUUGGCCUGGAUAGCUGGUGUUGCCUAAUCUUUUUGCUGAUUGCCUACAGUAUUUCUCUCGUUAUUUCAACAGACAAGUCUCCUUGUGCUGGCAUUCUUCUCUUUCUCGAUUUCUCAACCUCUCGUAUCACUUAUGAGCUUGAGGAAGAAGGAUCAUAAGGAGUACACAACAAUGAGUUAGGCAUCAGGCAUACAUGAUAGCGGGAUUCUAUUACAGAGGGAACUGGUGAGCAUUUUAUAUCCCAACCAACCUUUUGAUAAGCUCCUGCUGAACUGAAGGUUCCGGCAGUCCUUCAUGACAUCUGAGGACAGUGAACAGGAAGAGUAGGGAGCCUAAAAUCCAUAUACCAAUAGAUUGAACAGAAGAGACAUGAUAUCUGUAUGCUGGACUUCAGCAGGAAGGUCACGCGCUCGAGCUGUGGAAACAACCUCUUGCAGAUAAGGCUGUGUAUAAUGUAUAUUAGACCCUUGUGGUCGGGCCCCUCUCUAGACUUCGCGCAUAGCAGGAGCUUAAUGCACCGGGCUGCCCUUUUAUGCUCCAGCAGCCCGAUUCUUCCGUUCCUAAUGAUACGAGCUAACGUUCCGGACAAAAUUUUGCUGUGAUGGAUUAGAACAUCCAGGGUGUAUUUUACCAUACUUUAUAUAAAUCAAUAUGAAAUACCUUUGAUAUCCAUCACUGCUUUGUGAAAAAUCGAAAAUUAUGAUGGCGUCUAUGCUGACAGCCCUAACCAGGAAAAUGUAACUUACGGAAAUGAAUUAAGUAUAUUGCAGAUCAAUCAUGCACCCAAGCGUGUGACCUAGUGAUCAUGAAGUUGGUGAAAACCAUGAGACCAGCGUCCAGCUGAGAUAAUGCUCAGAGGUUUCUGACAAAUUGCCUUACAGAGAUGUUGCAUGUUGGAAUACAGUGAAUCAAGCUGUUAUCAAUGUGGGAACUUGCCAAAGUACUUGUGCUGAUGGGAGAUUAGGAAGUAGCAAGUACCCUGCGGAAUUAGUCGAGACGAGCACAAGCUGGCCCGGAUAUUACGGUUAUAAAAAAAAUAACUGUAGGAAAAUAUUUUAAAUUAUUGGGUUGAAGGAAUGAUGUUUGUUCUUAACCUUGAUUUCCACCUUUAUUCUUAUUCCGUGAUUUUAUGUUCACAGUUCCUGGAGUUAUCUUGUCGAAUAAA